AUGCAGUGUAAGGCAAGUCAAGCCAAGGCCAAACAAGGCAAAAAAAUGCAGGAUAGGGCUAGGCUAGGCUGGGCUGGGCUGGGCUGGGCUGGGCUGGGCUGGGCUGGGCUGGGCUGGGCUGGGCUGGGCUGGGCUGGGCUGGGCUGGGCUGGGCUGGGCUGGGCUGGGCUGGGCUGGGCUGGGCUGGGCUGGGCUGGGCUGGGCUGGGCUAGGCUAGGCUGGGCUGGGUUGGGCUAG